GUCAGUCUGCGGGGCUGGGAGCCUGGCGCUGCUGGGAGAGCAGAUUAUGAAGCGGCGCCCUCAACAGCGGCAGUCUCCUCUCGCUUGUCUCAAUGGCUGCACACGCGUUCCUCCUGUGCUCUGUCGCCCUGCUGUCUGCGCUGUGCCGGCCCGGCCUCUCCUUCACCGACGAGGACUCGCAGCCUGGACUUACCUUUGACGAAGUGCCUGAAAUACUGGACAUAAGCGAUGACAAUCCUCACCAAGCUACCAGAAUCACAUCAACUCAAGAUGGUGGGUACGGCUUGGAAAGUGAACAGGUUAGUUUGACGCCUGAAGAGGAAAACCCACUCAGGAGAAUACUGCAGCCAUUUAACUUGCAUCAGCCAGGGAUGUCCCAGAGCAAGAGGAAGCUACUGCAGUCUUUGAUGGGCCCCUAUGGGCCCCUAAGUGUGUCCUACAAUGGGAAGACCUGCAUUCUGUUCAAAGCCAAGCGCCUGGCCAUCCGCUACAGGAACCACACGUUCAUAGACCUGACAGAGAGGAUCUUCAGCCCCGGCUCACCCGUGGACACCAAGGGCUCUAUCUGCACUAAGGAGAAGGCGACGCUUUCAUUACGGUUCGGUGACGUGGAGGACCUGCGAGGACUAGUGAUCCGGCUCCAGAUGUCCAACACAUUUUACGAGGCGGCGGGGCAGAACUGGUUUACCCUGGAUAGUGUUCACAUCCACUACAACUGGACGCAGGAGGCCACGUUCAACGCCAGCGAGAUCUACGCCCCUGCCACUUCCUCCUACCAUUGCCAGCAUGUCAGCAGCUUGCAUAAAUAUGACACCCUGCUGGUGCCAACCUCCCACACGGACACAUCGGCUAACUGGCACAUCACUUUUACAGACUUCCAGAUCCAGGCCUUCAACGUGCAGUCGGAGAAGUUUGCGUCGGCCAGCGACUGUGCCACCUUCCUGACCCCGGCCAUCCUGAUGGGCCUGGUGACCUCUCUCAUCCUGCUCCUGGUGCUGGCCUACGCCCUGCAUAUGGUGGUCCACCUGAAGCACAUCGACCGCUACGAGGAGCAUAAAGCCACCGUCUACUUCCCUCGCAGUCCAGAAGCAGAGCUCCCCGACAAGAACAGCCUGUGAAGGGGGGAGGGGACGCGCCGCAACAGGGGUAGCGAUGAAGAGAGAGAAACUAAAAGAGGGGCGAAAAGACUGAACGAGAGGCGGGGGUGCAAGUGGGUAAAAAGAGGAAAAGAGUAUCCGGCACAGAGGUUUCCAAUGCAAUGAAGGCAUUAUGGCCUGUUUAAUUGGAAUCAAAUGGUCAGUAUUGUAAAGUGGAAGGGAUGGUGGGACUGUGCUUUGGAUAUUUUUUCUGCUCUUUUUAUGGACCUGCAUCUUGGCAUCCAUUUUUUAUAAGCCGAAUGGAUGUUUCAAUACCCUUUCCCAGAUAAGUUCAUGAUCUUAGGACCGAAGGUCAGAGACGAGACCGGGGACCCUGAAGGGCAACAGCAUUACCCAGCUUUUACCCCAGCCGGGUGUAAAAAAGGCAUCAACAACUUCGCAACUGCAGCUAAUAAUGCUAAAAACAUCUGGUGUUCCUGGUUCAACAUCUGUACUACAUGGCUUCUCUGUGUCACAUUACAAGCAUCCAUGUCACACGUCAAAACUUUUUACACAUCCAGCUUCCAACACAGUGAUUCUAUUCAAGUACAGCUUCGAUAUAUAACUUCCACAUACACUUUUAUAGCUGCGAUAGCCAUUAGCUGCAUGCUAUGAUACGUUGAUCUAUUUGGCCUGGCACAGUGUUUCCUAAUAUUACAGAAUACAGAUAGUCUUGCAUGACUUGCAGCUUAAUAAUACUACAAUGUGGGAAUGGAUGAGGAAUGACUGCAGGGAGUGUGUGACGAAGCGGGGGGGGGGGGAGUAUCAGGAACCACUGGUCUAGCGUCCAGCUGGAGUGAACAGACCAGCACUAUCAGCCCUUCAGAGCCUCUGGCGUCUCUCAAUCCAAUCCCUGGACAAGACUGCUGCUUGGACUUAACUGUGCAAAGGCCUUUUACAGCCCGCCGGGGAGGCAGGGACGGGACAGGGGAGGGGGGACGGGGCGAGAGGAUGCGGGGGUCGGGUGGGUGUUUAUUCUGAAAACUUAGCACAAUAUUUGGGAGCCGCGUACGGCUGCUACCAAACAAACUCUCAAACAAAAGACAUUACAAAAGAACACUUUGUUGCACAAGAUGGCCGCUCUGAGGGCGACGGGACGGGACGGGGGGGUCCGAGAGUAUCGAGGCGGUAUGAGGGCCGGGAGGGAGGUUGCUGGGUCCUCCUCAUACACCACCAGGUGCACCGCCCACACCACCGGGUUCGACUGCCAAAGCGACGCGACGAGGCGUUGCCGUGGACACGAUGUGAAGAACGGAGAAAGACAAUACGAUCAUGGAAGCUAUAAGUCACAGCUAUGUAAAACAAAACACGACAAAAUGGAAAAAACAUGACAAAAAAAUGACAUACGUGUACAGAAGUGUCACUCUCCGGAGGUCCUUUUUUUUUUUAUAUACAAACUGUAAUCAUGAAAUACUACUAGGUACAGGACGACUAUGCUAAUCCUCAUAACCAAAAAGGAUACAAAGCUGUAGAUACAUUAAUAUCUCUAUACGAGCAUAGCUGUUUACUAACUUCAGAUAUUGCACAAAUAAUAAACAUAGGUACAAGUACAGAAUUGUUCUAUGGGGGAUUGGUUAAAGUGAUAAUGCAUUUGAGUUUUCUACAAACUGUCUGUCUUAUAUUUGUCCGAGCUGUGCCAGGCAAUUGUAAGGUUUAAUUCAAACUGUAAAUUACAGUACAAACCCCUACCCUAGAAAGAGCACACUACGGAAUGCUGUCCGACCACUGGAACCGAGAGGCCCUUAUAGUCCAGAUCCACAUUUGCAGUGGUUAAUGCAUCAGUAUGUCAUUGCUACUGAGCAACAAAAAAAAUAAAACAUUCAGCAUGACAGUAAAUAGAUAUCUUAACAUUGGAUAUGGCAGUUCUGUUCAUCUGUAGCAGUGUGAAAUGUUUUUUCUUUUCUUCUGUUGUCAUCAAUGUAUCCUACAAACUAUGAAGCAGACGGGGCAGUUUGUCAAUGGACCAACUGGUGUAGAUUGAACAAUAAACAGUAUUCGAAGA